GCGCGAGUCGCGGCUGGGGAUGCUUGCGGGUUAGGCUCCAGCUGCGAGGCCCGACUCAACCCCGCGGGCCUGGGGUCUGGAGAGAGAUCAGCUGGUGCGGGAGCGGGCGGGGCAUGGGAUGCUCUUCUGCUGUACUUUCUCUUGGCGUUCAGGAGGUUGCCUAGUUACGCUUUAGAGAGCUUUGCAUCAGCUCAGAGUUCGUCUGACAAGUGAGGAAACUGAGGGCAAGAAGUGGAAAGACGUAGCCAUCUCCUGGGCCACGCAGAUUGCCAAGGAGAGACCGGGUACCGAGACCUCGGGGUCUGCGCUCCCAGAUCUGCUGGAGUGGGUGGUCGUGGGGAGCAAGGGCCUCGCUCCGUCCCCUGCACCCCACGGCACCCCUCGCCGCCGCCGGAGGCUCCCUGGAGGAGGAGCUCCGAACGGGGAGGAGGAGCCAGACUCUGGGAGCCGGGACACCAUUCACCCGGAUAGGAGGCAGAACCAGGGAGGAACCCGUCAGCCAGGUGGGCAGAAAGCUCCGGGAGCAGCCUCAUGGAAGAAAAACAGAUUCUGUGCGUGGGGCUAGUGGUGCUGGACAUCAUCAAUGUGAUGGACAAAUACCCAGAGGAGGACACGGACAGCAGGUGCUUGUCCCAGAGAUGGCAGCGUGGAGGCAAUGCAUCCAACUCCUGCACCAUCCUCUCUCUGCUUGGAGCCCCCUGCGCCUUCAUGGGCUCGCUGGCCCCAGGCCACGUUGCUGAUUUUGUCCUGGAUGACCUUCGCCGCUAUUCUGUGGACCUCUGCUACAUGGUCUUUCAGACCACGGGCUCCGUCCCCAUCUCUACAGUCAUCAUCAGCGAGGCCAGCGGUAGCCGCACCAUCCUACAUGCCUACAGCUUCCUGGUGGCUGACUUCAGGCAGCGGGGCGUGGAUGUGUCUCAGGUGGCCUGGCAGAGCAGAGGGGAGACCCCGUGCUCUUGUUGCAUCGUCAACAACUCCAAUGGCUCCCGUACCAUUGUACUCUACGACACGAACCUGCCAGAUGUGUCUGCUAAAGACUUUGAGAAGGUUGAGCUGACCCGGUUCAAGUGGAUCCACAUUGAGGGCCGGAAUGCAUCAGAGCAAGUGAAGAUGCUGCAGCGGAUAGAACAGCACAAUGCCAGGCAGCCUCCAGAGGGCAAGAUCCAGGUGUCCGUGGAGGUGGAGAAGCCGCGUGAGGAGCUGUACCAGCUGUUUGGUUAUGGAGAUGUGGUGUUUGUCAGCAAAGAUGUGGCCAAGCACUUCGGGUUCCGGUCAGCAGAGGAGGCCCUGAGGGGCCUGUAUAGCCGCGUGAGGAAGGGGGCCACACUGGUCUGUGCCUGGGCGGAGGAGGGCGCCGACGCGCUGGGCCCUGAUGGACGGCUGCUUCACUCGGAUGCUUUCCCACCGCCCCGCGUGGUGGACACUCUGGGGGCCGGAGACACCUUCAACGCGGCGGUCAUCUUCAGCCUGUCCCAGGGGAAGAGCAUGCAGGAGGCGCUGAGGUUCGGCUGCCAGGUGGCCGGCAAGAAGUGUGGUCUACAGGGUUUUGAUGGCAUCGUAUGAGUGCCCUGUGGCAGCGGACACCGGCUCACACCCUGCCCCUGGCUUGCGUCACUAGCUUCUGUUGCCUUUUCCUCUGAGGCCAGCCUGGCAUCAGGCUGCCCUACUUCCUGGGCCGAUCCGGGCUGCGGGAGGGCUCCACCUGUGACCUGGCAUCUCACUUGGCAGAGUCGCAGAGCAAAUAAAUCUUCCCAGAGCCAGCUUC